GGCCAUAGCUUUUUGGGCCAAAAAUAUUGUUUGCCGGCCCUACAAAUCCUUAUAACCCAAGAGGCCCAUUAAUAUCUUUAACUUGAGGCCCAUCAUAAACUAGGGCUUCAAUGAAAAAAUCUAACGAAAUCCCCUGUUCGCCAAGGCGCCUUCCUCAACUCUCUGCAAUCUUCGUCUCUAUCCUAUGGCGGACCGUUCGGUUAAAACGAAGUUGAACAGAGUGGUGAAGGCUGGGUUAAAGUAGCAGAACCUUCUACCUUAAUCGGUAGAGAGGAUGAGUGGGGGUAGCCUGAAGAGCUUGUUGUCUACAGCAGUCCUAGCGGGAGUGAUGGAGGCUAGGGCAAGGAUAUUUGGGCAUGUACUUAACCCUACAGGACAGAGAUCUCCUCACAAGAUUUUACGCAAGAAGCUCAUUGGCCAGAAAGUUGCAGAAUGGUAUCCGCAAGACAUUACUAAAGAUGACCCUCUUGUCAUGGCUCGAGAAGAACAAGAACGUGUAUCCAAACUUGAAAUGUUAAAGCGGCGUGGUAAAGGACCUCCCAAGAAAGGACAAGGACGACGUGCUGUUAAACGCAGCAAGUAGAGGAAUUGAGUAAUAUUUAGGUUUUCUGAUACGCUUUACAACAACUAGUUCUCAGAAGCAUCUGUCCAUGUCAGGGAAAGAUGUUAGUGUAUGCAGCAUUAAAAGCUUGAGGAAGCCAUUGAAUAUAUGGAUUGUGCUUGAAAAUCAUUUGCAUUCAUUUAUUGGUUCAUUUUGCCACUUUGAGAUGCAACAGAAGAUUUAACUUUGACUGAAUAAUCA